UUCCCAAUGCCGUGCCCCAAACACGCCUUCAUUUUCUCCUGAAAUCGCCGGAUUCUCGUUCUCCAAACCUACGUACAUCUCUUUCUGCAUCGUCCAUCUGGUGGGCCGGCCGCACAUUCGAUCGGUCACAGUACAAGAAAGCACAAAGUGCGUUUCCCCUUCCUCUCUCACCCAGCCUCGUGAAUUUCUCCCCCAAAACACCACCUAUAAGUCACUUCCUACUCACAGAAUUUACAGGCAUCCAAGCGAUUCCUAAGGGAAUAGCGGAAUUUGAUGGUUUCAUGGGUUUGUUGUAACUUGGGACUAGUGAAAUUCGAGGAUUAAAUUGUUAUGUUUGAAGGGAGCUGAAGAGUAGGGCUAUAGAGAAUCGUUUUGUUGCAGGGUGGUGGAAGGUGCUCUCUUGGUGGCGAUUGCAUGAAAUUUUUUAAUCUGAAGUUGUUAUUUAGGGUUUUGAGUUUACCAGGAGAAUUGUGGAAUUGAUUUGGGUUUGGCAGCUGGUGAUCAGACUGUUGAUCCAAGGUUCAUUUUGAUAGAACGAAUUCUAGGGUAUUUCAUCUUUUCUGGUUUGCUUUCUUAGAAAGGAAAAUAUUUUGGGGUUGGAAAGAUGUACCGGAGCGUGGCUACAUCUGCCACCCGGGGCGGUUUACCUACAGACAGUGGAGAUUAUGUGGUGAAGCUUGAUCAAGUGCCUCGUUGGAUUGAUGUGGAACAGCGGUCCUCUUCCGUGUACGAGGGUGAGGAUCCUUCCUUCCCCAACCCAUAUUUCUCAGAUCCUCUGACAUCUAUAUCUGGAGCUGAGGGUGGUGUUGAUGGGGUGGUGUCGAGGUUUCCUGUUGAUCAUGAUAUCAAUUCAAGGAUAUAUCUCUGGCGUGGCAACCCUUGGAAUCUUGAGGUUGAUGCUGUGGUUAACUCCACAAAUGAGAAUUUGGAUGAAGCACACAGUAGCCCUGGUUUGCAUGCUGCUGCUGGACCUGGUCUUGCAGAAGAGUGUGCAAUGCUGGGUGGAUGUCGAACUGGAAUGGCGAAAGUUACAAAUGCAUAUGAUCUUCCGGCUCGGAGGGUUAUUCAUACAGUGGGUCCCAAGUAUGCGGUCAAGUAUCAUACUGCUGCAGAGAAUGCUCUUAGUCACUGCUAUCGUUCUUGCCUUGAGCUUCUUAUUGAGAACAGACUUCAAAGCAUUGCAAUUGGUUGUAUAUAUACAGAGGCCAAAAAUUAUCCUCGCGAACCAGCCGCUCAUGUGGCAAUAAGGACUGUUCGGCGGUUUCUGGAAAAGCAGAAAGAUAAAAUCACUGCUGUUGUUUUCUGCACCACCACAUCAUCUGAUACAGAGAUAUAUAAGAGAUUGCUUCCACUUUACUUCCCCAGGGAUAAGCAUGAAGAGGAGGUGGCAUUGUCAAAGCUUCCUGCAGAUGUAGGGGAUGAGAAUGGUGAGACAAUAAUAGAUGAGCGCAAAAUCAGAAUAAGACCUUUGCCUGCGGUGUCGGCAGCCAUCCCCAAGCCUCCCACAGCUCCAGUUGAUCUUCCUGUUAGCAAUGUUGGACUGACACUGAGACGAAAUUCUUCCUCUCUGGAUUCAUAUCUGGAUCCUGCAUUUAUGUCUUUAACCAAGGAUCCAGAUCAACGGCGUAAGGAGCAAUUGGAAAAGAAAGCUCAGACACAAAGUGGUUGGAAUUGCGCUAAAUUGCUUGGACUUGGUGAUCUUGGCGGUCCUCCAUUAUCUGCAGCUGAAGAAUACUCACUUCAUGCCAGAUAUCUUGCCAAAGCAAAUUCACUCAAUCUUUCAGAAAUUGCAGAAAUGAAAAUUGUUUAUCGUGGUGGGGUUGACAGUGAGGGCCGCCCUGUAAUGGUUGUGGUGGGAGCUCAUUUCCUGCUGCGAUGUCUUGAUUUGGAGCGGUUUGUGCUUUAUGUAGUAAAGGAGUUUGAGCCUUUGAUACAGAAGCCUUAUACAAUUGUAUACUUUCAUUCUGCUGCAUCUUUACAGCCGCAACCGGAUUUAGGAUGGAUGAAGCGCUUACAACAAAUACUUGGUCGGAAACACCAGCGUAAUCUGCAUGCAAUUUAUGUUCUGCAUCCGACAUUUGGAGUGAAGACAGCAAUCCUUGCUUUGCAGUUGCUUGUAGAUGGCGAAGUGUGGCGGAAAGUAGUAUAUGUCGAUCGACUACUGCAGCUGUUCAGAUAUGUCCCCCGCGAGCAGUUGACCAUCCCAGAUUUUGUGUUUCAGCACGAUCUCGAAGUGAAUGGAGGGAAGGGUCUUAUCGUGGAUCCAAGAACAAAAUAUAUAUACCACAGACCCUCUGCCUGACAUGCAAUCCUAUCCACGAUCUACAAUGCCGGUUUGGUAAUUUGUCUGUGUUCUUAUUUGAUUUGUCUGUUCAUUUGUGCAAGUGGCCACCUUGUUAAUGAUUCAUUGUUCACCUUAUCUUUCACAGGGAAUCUUUCUGAAUCUGUAGGUGCUGUUUGAUUUUUUAUUUAUGGUUGUAAUUCAUGGUAAAUAAGUCAUGAUUAUUUACACAUAAUUGUAGCAGCGGUCUGAUGCUGACGUUGACAGGGAGCUUGUUUGCCAAGCUUCGGACUCCA